AACAAGUACUCCAUAAUAAAUGCUCUGCUUUUCUAUUUCAUAUCUGAAUCUUUAAAUACUUUUUAGAACAACAGAAAAUAGCACUAGGUGCAGCGUGAAAAGCUCUACAAUCAAAUAAAGCAAAGCUUAUUUUAAUUGUUUGCUUGGUCUUUUCAAAAAUAAUGGCGUAACCAGGAUUUUGGCAGUGAUAGGGCACCGUAUCGCUUAAAUAUCUGGUAAUUAGGCGUAGGUGAACGAUGUCUGUGGAGUAGUUGGGCUUAUAAAGAAAUUUAGCUGACAAAACUAAGAUGGGCAGUUGGACGGCGCCCAAUCAUGCCCUACCAUAGUUAUGCCACUAUUCAAAAGAAACGAAAUUCUGUGCAAUCAAUUUUCGACGCUACACAAAUCGGUCUCACAGAAUCUUGCUUCUUUUCAAAGCACAAAGUAUACGAUUAAAAUAAACUUUAUUUUACAGAUUGUUGAGCUUUUCACGCCGCAUCUUAUGGUUUAUUCGAUAGUGUUUGAAGAGAACGCAUUACGUGAUAAAACAUAAAAUAGAAGAAACAAGAAUGCCCAUUUUGCAAUUGUAAAAAUUGAUGAAAUAGAAUUUUACUGUUUUCCAAAAAAAAACGUUCACGAUUAAAAUAAGCUUUACUUUGAAAACUGUAGACAUUUUCACGCUAUAUCUUAUGGUAUACCCGGUUUUAAAAGAAACAUAUUUAGAGAUUAAAAUAUGAAAUACAAAAACCGGCCAUUUAUUAUGGACACCCGUUAGAAUAAUAUUAUGAAAUUGAGACUGAUGCUAUCGUAACUGUCCAAACACUUGUUAGAUCUAAUAGUGUUCCAAGACCAAAAUUAAAGAAGUAAGUCUACAAGGGCUGGCCCGAGGUAGACAAAAUUGAGGGUUGUCGCAAUUUUUUGGGGGAUUGUCCCAGAUUUUCCAAUAAAAAUAAUUUUUUUAACAGAACGCAAAAAAUUUCGACUUCGCUGAAAAAGAACAAAAAUUUUCAAUUAUAGGAAUGUUGUCACAACACCCACAGUCCCCGGGUCGGGUCAACCCUGAAAUCUAUUCAAUAAAAAGCGCAUAAAAUAAUUAAAGUGAGCUUAAUGCACUACCAGAGGAGUUAAUGCUCAAGCUUUACAUACGGCAUAUUCGAGAAGUUAAGUUCUCGCGAAAAAAAAAAUUUUCCAUCGAACUGAAUGGGGGGGGGGGGGGGGAUAGAACUCAGUUAACAGUUUAUUGCUACCCCUAUAAAACUGACCUUGCGCCGCCCAUGAAGUCUUUGAAAUAAGAUCUGAAACAAAUUCAAUUUUCGAUUGCUCGAUAUAGAAUUAAAUUUAAUUAAACAUUUUAUUUCGAGAUUUAUCAAUAUAUAUGAUUAAAUAAAAAUCAUUUCAAAUAUUUUUUUAUCGAAUAUAUGUAUAUAUAUAUAUAUCGAUAACUUAGAAAAAAUAACCUAUUUUCUUGUCAAUAUGAUUAUUAAUCGAUAAAAACGUAAAUAAUCGAAUAUGAUUAACGAUUAUUUCAAAUCAUGUUUUAAAAUUUAAUCGUUUAAACGAUAUUAUAGUUAUAACUAUGAACAAUCGAUUAAUAAUCAUUUAUAAAUAAUAUAAUUAUAAAUAAGAUUUACAAAUAAUGAUUAUAUUCAUAUAUAAAUAUAUAUUCUUAAUAUACGAUAGAAAUAUAAAUAUCUAUUAAAUAUUCUGAGAAUUUUCAUCAAUUAUAUUCAUAUUAGAAAUUAUAUUUCAUCAUAUUAAACGAGUUAUUCAAUCUAUUCUACUUGUUUUUUCUUAAUUAAACUAUGGAAAAUGUUUCGUUGAAAAGAUGAUAGAUUAACUGUAGAGUUUCAUAAAUCGAAUAUCUAUUAUUCGAGUUGUUUAUUAUAUUAGAAAUCGAUAUUUGUUGUCAACAAAAUCAAACUAAUUUGAAUUAUUUAUUCAAAACGAAUAAAUAUAUAAUAAUCGAAAUAAUUUAAUUAAACUAAAGCUAAUAAAUUGAAUAAAAAGAUAUAAAAACAGAAAAAAGAAAAAUGUUGUUUUUUUUUUGUUAAGGUUGUUGUUUAAAUGAUUUAUGUUCAAAUGAUGGAAGCAUAAUCGAUAAAUUAUGUAUGAUGUAUUGUUGUUCAUUGGAUAUAUGUCGAUCAAUAAUCGAACAACAUUUAAAAAAUGAUUUAUUUAAACGUCUUGAUAAAAAAAAGAAGAUUUUUUUCAAUGAAUUUAAUUAUUUGAAAACAAUUCGCGAUAUAAAUCGUCAAUAUGAUGAAAUUGUUUUAACAAAUUGUAUAAUUGAUGAAAGAAUUUUUUUAGAAAAUAAAUUUCAAUUAAAUGACUUAUGUAAUUCAUUAAAUGAAAAUCAAUAUUCAAAAUCUUCUCAAAAUCUAACAUCAUUAACAGCAAAUCAACAUAUUACAUAG